UGGCGUCUCCUUUCCUCUCCUUCGGCUCCACUCUCUCUCUCCUUCUUUCCAUCGCUCUCUGCUCUCUUUUUCCAAGUCUUUCAUUCGAUGUGUAUGCUUCAUCGCCCUGCUUCUUAUCUCUUUGACACGCUCGUUGAUUCUCUUUCUUCCUCCUUGCUCAUCGACCUAAUCACAGGUUCCUGAAACAGGGGAGAGGCUGGAAUCGAGAUGGCAGGGAACCGGUCGAAUCUGCCCUUGCGACUGCAGCAGAUCUUAUCCGGCGGGAGGUCCGUCUCGCCGGUGCUUAAAUUGGAGUCCGAGCCCCCUCCGAAGGUUAAAGCUUUCAUCGAUAGGGUGAUUAAGAGCCCAUUACAUGAUAUAGCUAUACCUCUUUCAGGCUUCCGUUGGGAGUUCAAAAAGGGAAAUUUCAACCACUGGAGGCCGCUUUUUGUGCAUUUUGAUACAUAUUUCAAGACAUACCUUUCUUGUAGGAAAGACCUCCUUUUGUUGGACCAUAUGUCAGACGAAGAUCCGUUUCCCAAACAUUCAGUGAUGCAGAUCUUAAGAGUCAUGCAAAUUAUUUUUGAAAAUUGCCAGAACAAAAGUUCGUUUGGAGGUCUAGAGCACUUCAAGCUUCUACUUGCAUCCGUAGAUCCAGAUAUUAUUAUAGCUACGUUGGAGACUCUUUCGGCUUUGGUGAAGAUAAAUCCAUCCAAGAUGCAUCUGGGUGGGAAACUGAUUGGUUGUGGCUCUCUGAAUAGUCGUCUUCUGUCUCUAGCACAGGGCUGGGGAAGCAAAGAAGAAGGCCUGGGUUUACAUUCAUGUGUUGUGGCAAACGAGAGGAAUCAGCAUGAAGGAUUGUGCUUGUUCCCUUCAGAUAUUGGUGAUAAUUGUGAUGGUACCCAGCAUCGUUUGGGUUCUACUCUCCAUUAUGAAUACAAUAUGGUUUCUACUAUUGAAGAGAGCAAGUCAUCCAUUUUAUGUGUCAUAAAGAUUCCAGAUCUGCAUACAAGAAAGGAGGAUGAUCUGAGCAUUUUGAAGCAGUGUGUUGACCAAUAUGACGUACCUCUAGCACACAGAUUUUCAUUGCUUACAAGAAUUAGGUAUGCACAUGCCUUCCGCUCUCCCAGAACAUGCAGACUGUAUAGCAGGAUCAGCAUUCUUGCUUUCAUUGUUCUGGUACAAUCAAAUGAUGCUCAUGAUGAACUUAUGUCUUUCUUUGCAAAUGAACCCGAGUACACAAAUGAGUUGAUCAGGCUUGUUCGUUCUGAAGAAUCAGUUCCUGGAACUAUAAGGGCACUUGCUAUGCUUGCCUUAGGAGCACAGUUAGCAGCAUAUGCGUCAUCGCAUGAACGGGCUAGAAUUUUGAGUGGUUCAAGUAUUAUAUCUGCUGGUGGAAAUCGUAUGAUGUUGCUAAAUGUGCUUCAGAAAGCUAUUGUGUCACUUAGCAACCCCAAUGAUCAUUCUACGCCAGUGUUUGUUGAUGCUCUUCUACAGUUUUUCUUACUUCAUGUUUUAUCGUCUUCAAGCUCUGGUAGUGCUCUAAGGGGGUCAGGAAUGGUUCCCCCACUUCUACCUCUUUUACAAGACUCUGAUCCAGCACAUAUUCAUCUUGUCUCUUCUGCGGUCAAAACCUUGCAGAAGCUGAUGGAGUAUAGUAGCCCAGCUGUAUCUCUAUUUAAAGAUUUAGGUGGCAUUGAACUUUUGGCUCAGAGACUGCAGAUUGAAGUUCAUAGAAUUAUUGGCUCAGGUGAAGCUAAUAGUAACACACUUAUAUCACCUGAUCUGUUAAAAUCUGAUGAAGAUCAUCUGUAUUCACAGAAGCGCCUUAUCAAGUUUUUGCUUAAGACACUGGGUUCUGCCACAUAUUCUCCAGCAAAUGCGACAAGGACUCAGAAUUCUCACCAUAACUCCUUGCUUGCUUCUUUAUCCUUGAUAUUUAACAAUGUAAGCAUGUUUGGAGGGGACAUUUAUUUUUCUGCAGUAACUGUUAUGAGUGAGAUCAUUCACAAGGAUCCAACUUGUUUUCCUGUUCUGAAUGAAUUUGGUCUCCCGGAAUCAUUUUUAUCAUCAGUGAUUUCUGGGAUCCUUCCUUCCUCAAAAGCACUUAUAUGUGUUCCCAAUGGUCUUGGUGCCAUCUGCCUUAAUGCUAAAGGAUUGGAGGCAGUUAAAGAGACUGGUGCACUGCGAUUUUUGGUGGAGACCUUCACAACAAGGAAAUAUUUGUUAGCAAUGAAUGAAGGUGUUCUUCUUUUAGCAAAUGCUGUUGAGGAGCUUCUUCGGCAUGUAUCUUCACUAAGAGGUAUUGGCAUUGAGAUAAUAAUUGAAAUUAUUAACAAUCUUGCCUCCAUGGGAGAAGAGAAAUGCAAAGAAACUACAGUGGUUAUGGAUGAGAACACUGCCAUGGAAACUGAUAUUGAAGAAAAGGCAAAUGAAGGGCAUGAUUUGGUGAGAGCUAUGGAAUUAGCUACAGACGGCAUCAGCGAUGAGCAGUUUGAGCAGUUAUGCAUCUUCCAUGUGAUGGUAUUAGUUCAUCGAACAAUGGAAAAUUCUGAAACUUGUAGAAUGUUUGUGGAGAAGGGGGGUAUAGAAAAUUUGUUGAGACUUCUUCAACGACCUAGCAUCACACAGUCAUCAGAUGGGAUGCCGAUUGCUUUGCAUAGCACUGUGGUCUUCAAGGGCUUUACUCAGCAUCAUUCUGCACCCCUUGCACGUGCAUUUUCUGCCUCUCUCAGGGAGCAUUUAAAGAAAGCUCUGAAUGGAUUUAGUUCAGUUUCUGGUUUGUCUUUGCAGGAUACUAAGUUUACACAGGAUAGUGAAAUCUUCUCUUCUCUUUUUGUUGUUGAGUUUCUCCUUUUCCUUGCUUCCUCUAAAGAUAACCGCUGGAUGAGUGCAUUGCUCACUGAAUUUGGAGAUUCUAGCAGGGAUGUACUAGAAGAUAUCGGGUGUGUGCAUCGUGAAGUCCUGUGGCAGAUUGCCUUUCUCGAAGAUUCAAAGAUCGAAAGAGAUUAUGAUUCCUCUUCAAAUGAGGUAAAUGUAGACCCUGGGGUGGUCGACUCAGACGAGCAAAGGAUCAAUUCUUUUAGGCAGUAUCUUGAUCCAUUACUUAGACGAAGAGUUUCUGGGUGGAGCAUAGAGUCUCAAGUUUCUGACCUCAUUAGUAUAUAUCGUGACCUUGGCCGAGCUGCUACUGGGUCACAUAGAUAUGGUGUAGAUGGCUAUUCAGCGUUACGAGUUGCUUCCAGUUCCCGAUCCCGGCCUUCUAAUUCUUUAGACUCAAGUGCUGCAAGCAAAACAGAAGAGGACAAACGUAAAUCUUAUCAUUCUUUAUGUCAUGAGAUGAUGAGGUCACUCUCUUAUCAUAUUAACCAUCUGUUUAUGGAGCUGGGAAAAGCCAUGCUGCUUACUUUGCGCCGCGAGAACAAUUCUGUAAAUGUUUCUCCUUCUAUUGUGUCUGUUAUCAAUACAGUUGCCUCCAUUGUGUUGGGACACUUGAAUUUUGGGGGGAAUUCUAAUAUGGAGAGUGAGGUCUCUGUCUCCACAAAAUGUCGAUAUCUUGGCAAAGUGAUUGAAUUUAUUAAUGGAGUUCUAUUAGACAGGCCAGAAUCUUCCAACCCCAUAAUGGUAAAGUUCUUUUUUGGACAUGGGGUUAUUCAGGUCAUUUUAACCACUUUUGAAGCUACAAGCCAGUUGCUUUUCACAGUCAACAGGGUGCCAGCUUCGCCAAUGGAUAUGGAUGAUAAAUGCCACAAAGAAGAGAAAGAAGAAUCAGAUAAUUCAUGGAUAUGUGGUCCUUUAGCUAGUUAUGGCACACUACUGGACCACUUAGCCACAUCAUCUUUCAUCUUGUCUUCCUCGACGAAGCAGUUGCUUGAGCAACCUAUCACAAACGAUGUCAUUUCAUUUCCUCAAGAUGCAGAGGCAUUUGUAAGGGUGCUUCAAUCUAAGGUACUUAAGGCUGUACUUCCCAUUUGGACCCAUCCUCACUUUGCUGAAUGCAACUUGGAGUUUAUUACUUCAAUGAUCUCUAUUAUGAGGCAUAUUUACAUUGGGGUCGAGGUUCGAAAUGCCAGUGGCAACACAGAAGCUCACUUAUCUGGUCCUCCACCUGAUGAAUCAGCUAUAGCAUUGAUUGUAGAGAUGGGCUUUUCUCGUGCCAGGGCAGAAGAAGCACUGAGACAGGUUGGGACAAAUAGUGUGGAGAUUGCAACUGAUUGGCUGUUUUCACAUCCAGAAGAACCACAAGAGGAUGAUGAACUUGCUCGAGCUGUUGCCAUGUCCUUAGGAAACUCAGCUACAUCUUUAAAGGAAGAUGAAACAGUAAACACUAGUAAUGCUGACCAGGAGGAGGAAGCUGUUCAAUUGCCUCCCGUUGAUGACAUUUUAUCAGCAUGCAUUAGACUCCUGCAGGUGAAUGAACAAUUAGCAUUCCCUGUCAGGAAUCUGCUUGUUAUGAUUUGUUCACAAAAUGAUGGUCAGCACCGGCAGAAGGUUCUCUCCCAUAUCAUUGAUCAUGUCAAACAUUGUUGUACAGCAUCAACUCCAUUAAGUGAAAGUAUGUUGUCUGCACUUUUUCAUGUCCUUGCUUUGAUUCUCCAUGAAGAUGUUAUGGCACGGGAAGUUGCCUCCCAGGCUGGCCUAAUAAAGAUUGCUUUGGACCUGCUUUCUGGUUGGAAUCCGGGCACUUCUGAUGAUGGAAAACUGCAAGUUUCAAAGUGGGUGACUGCAUGCUUGCUUUCUGUUGAUCAGCUGCUUCAGUUGGAUCCUAAGAUGACUCCGGGAAUAGUUAAUUUGGAACAACUGAAAAAAGACAAUCUUAAUAACCCUAAUUCCAUUGUGAUUGAUGAGAAGAAAACAAAGGAUUUACAGUCUUCUUUCGGAUCAACUGUUGGAUUUUUGGAUAUGCAGGACCAGAGGAGGCUUUUGGAAAUAUGCUGCAGAUGUAUACAGAAUCGAUUACCUUCUGAGACAAUGCAUGUGGUGCUGCAGCUCUGUUCUACAUUAACUAAAGUACAUUCAGUUGCUGUUAGUUUUCUUGAUGCUGGAGGUUUGCAUGCUUUGCUUAGUUUGCCUACCAGCAGCUUGUUCCCUGGAUUCAAUAAUGUAGCAGCUGCCAUUAUCCGUCACAUUUUGGAAGACCCUCAUACUCUUCAGCAAGCCAUGGAAUUGGAAAUACGCCACAGCCUCAUUGCGGCAGCAAAUAGACACUCAAAUGCAAGAGUUUCACCACGAACUUUUGUUCAAAACUUAGCUAUUGUUAUUUCCAGGGACCCUGUGGUGUUUCUGAAAGCUGCACAAGCUGUAUGCCGGAUUGAGAUGAUAGGUGACAGGCCUAAUAUUGUGCUGUUGAAAGAUCGUGAGAAGGAAAAAUCCAAGGCAAUAGACAGGGAGAAAAUAGCCGAGAAAGACAAAGUACCAGCUAGUGAUGACAAGACUACUGGAGUAGAAGUGGUCCCAGUGGCCCCGGGAAGUGGACAUGGUAAAUCACCAGAUUUGAACACAAAGAACCCUAAAGCUCAUCGAAAAUCUCCUCAGAGUUUUACAAGUGUAAUUGAAUAUCUCUUGGAUUUGAUUGUGAAAUUUGUCCCUCCUUCAGAAGCUGAUCACCAAACUGAUUCUGUUCCUGGUGUUCCAUCACUAUCAGACAUGGAUAUUGACUCCACGUCAGCUAAAGGAAAAGGAAAAAUCACUGCUGUUUCAUCUGAAGAUAGCAAAGUUACUACUCAGGAGGCUUUAGCCUCUCUUGCCAAAAGUGCUUUUAUUGUGAAGUUGUUGACAGAGAUUCUUCUGACUUAUGCUUCAUCAAUCCAUGUGUUGCUUCGAAGAGAUGCUGAACUCAGUGGCUUCCGUGCUCCUUCAAGGGGUUUAUGUGGGAAUAGCAGUGGGGGGAUCUUUCAUCACAUUCUUCAUAAUUUUCUCCUGUACCCAGGAAUCUGCAAGAAAGAUAAGAAAACUGAUGGAGAUUGGAGGCAUAAGUUAGCUACUAGAGCUAAUCAACUUUUGGUGGCAUCCUCCGUUCGCUCUGCAGAAGGACGUAGAAGGAUUUUUUCUGAAAUUACUUAUGUGUUCAAUGACUUUGCUGACUCAUCUAGUCAAUGUAGGGCAGCUGAUUACCGUAUGCAUCCCUUUGUUGAUCUACUUAAUGAUAUCCUUGCUGCUCGUUCGCCAACUGGUUCAUAUAUCUCAGCAGAAGCUUCAGUUACUUUUAUUGAUGUUGGGCUUGUUCGCUCUCUAAGUCGGACUCUUAAAGUGCUAGACUUGGACCAUUCUGAUUCACCAAAGCUCAUUACAGGAAUUAUCAAGGUGUUGGAGUUGGUGACCAAGGAACAUGUUCAUUCUGCAUACAUUAAUUCUGCAAAGGAGGACAACCCCGUGAGGCUUGCUUCUAAUGAGCAACAAGUAGGUUCAUCUAAUUAUCAUGGUGAUAGGUUUGAGGCCCUGGAAACAACAUCCCAACCAGAUCAUGCAGAAGUGGUGGCUGACCAAAGGGAAGCUUUUAAUGCUGUCCAAACUUCAGGAAAUUCUGAUUCUGUUAUAGAUGACAUGGACCGUGACCGGGAAUUGGAUGGAGGUUUUGCUCGUGAAGCCGAAGAUGAUUUCAUGCGUGAAGCUUCUGAAGAUGGCAUUGGCUUGGAGAAUGGUGUUUCAACUGUGGAAAUUAGAUUUGAUAUACCCCAAAAUGCGGAAGAUGGUAUGGGUGAUGAAGAUGAUGAUGAAGAUAUGUCAGGGGAUGAAGGUGAAGUUGAUGAGGAAGAUGAUGAGGAUGAUGAGGAAAAUAAUGACUUGGAGGAAGAUGAAGUCCAUCAGAUGUCUCAUCCUGACACCGAUCAUGAUGACCAUGAGAUUGAUGAUGAAGAAUUUGAUGAAGAUGUCUUGGAAGAAGAGGAUGACGAUGAUGAGGAAGAUGAUGGUGUGAUACUCAGAUUGGAAGAGGGUAUAAGUGGGAUAAAUGUUUUCGAUCACAUUGAAGUUCUUGGUAGUGACAAUUUUGCUGCAAUGCCUGACAUAUUUGGUUCUAGACGUCAAGGGCGUACAACAUCCAUUUACAAUCUUCUUGGAAGAACUGGUGAUCAUUCUGCUCUUCAUCUUGAACAUCCACUAUUGGAAGAGCCUUCUUCUUUUAGACAUCUUGUUCACCAAAGACAGACAGAGAAUGCCGUGGAUAUAGCUUUCUCAGAUAGAAAUCAUGAAAAUACUUCUUACAGAAUGGAUGCUAUCUUCCGAUCAUUGAGAAACGGACGACAUGGACAUCGUUUUAGUAUGUGGUCAGACGAUAACCAUCAACGUGGUACCUCUAGUGCUCCUGCAGUGCCGCAAGGCAUUGAAGAACUACUUGUUUCCCAAUUAAGGCAGCCUACUCCUGUCCAAGUAUCUGACAGAAAUAUGCCGACUAACAGUCCACAAGAAAAACAUGAACCCAACCAGUUGCAGAUGUCAGAAGUGGAAGUUAGGGAAGAAGCUGAAGUAAGAGGUUCUGAGAAUAAUGAAAAUAUUAUUAUUCCUUCACAAGUGAUAGAUGGUUCUGGAAAUGGUGGUGUUGGAUCAACCAAUGGUGAUCCACUUCAAGACACAGGCAUUGCUGGUGGAGGUGAGCAAGGGACUGAGAUGCAGUACGAACGGAGUGAUGCAGUUGUACGAGAUGUAGAAGCUGUGAGCCAAGCAAGCAGUGGUAGUGGGGCAACUUUGGGGGAAAGCCUUCGCAGUUUGGAAGUAGAAAUAGGAAGUGUUGAUGGACAUGAUGAUGGAGAUAGGCAAGGUCCUGUGGAUAGGCUGCCUCUGGGUGAUUUGCAGCCACCAGCUAGGCCGAGAAGGUCUUCUGGAAAUGCAAUGCCAGGAAGUGCCCGUGAUACAUCUCUAGAAAGUGUUAGUGAGGUUCCACAACAUCAAAACCAAGAAACUGAUCAGAAUGCUCUAAAUGUGGAGCCGCAACCAAAUGAAAAUGUCAACACUGACACAAUAGACCCUACAUUUUUGGAGGCUCUUCCGGAGGAAUUACGAGCUGAAGUUCUUUCCUCACGACAGAAUCAGGUGGCGCAGACUUUGAAUGAGCAACCUCAAGCUGAUGGAGAUAUUGAUCCUGAAUUUCUUGCUGCACUUCCUCCUGAUAUUAGGGAAGAGGUCCUAGCACAACAACGUGCUCAAAGACGACAGCAAUCACAACAAUUGGAAGGUCAACCAGUUGAGAUGGAUGCUGUUUCAAUAAUUGCUACACUUCCUUCAGAAAUUCGGGAGGAGGUGCUUCUCACAUCACCAGAUACUCUCUUGGCCACACUAACUCCUGCACUUGUUGCCGAAGCAAACAUGUUGCGUGAAAGAUUUGCCCAUAGAGGCACACUCUUUGGCAUGAGUUCUAGAAAUCGUCGGGGUGAGUCUUCUAGGCAUGGUGAAGCAAUUGGGUCCACUCUAGGCCGAAAUGUCGAGGCUGCUGUUCGUAGAUCUGCAGUUGGCAAACUGAUUGAAACUGCUGGUGUGCCUCUAGUUGAUACAGAUGAUCUAAAAGCAAUGAUCAGACUAUUGCGUAUUGUUCAGCCAUUGUACAAAGGUCAAUUACAGAGGCUUCUCUUGAAUCUGUGUACCCAUCAUGAAACGAGAACUUCUUUGGUGAAAAUUUUAAUGGACAUGCUAAUGCUUGAUCUAGGAGGAUCUGUUAACAAUUCAAUUGAUUCUGCUGAAUCGCCAUUUCGGUUGUAUGGAUGCCAGAGUUAUGUUGCAUACUCCCGUCCUCAAUUUAAUGGAGGAGUACCCCCACUGGUGUCUCGGCGUAUUUUGGAAACUCUGACUUACUUGGCACGAAACCAUCUGAACGUGUCUAAACUUUUACUCCAUCUUGAAUUGCCCUGUCGAUCUACAUGUGUUCUGGAAGCAUCGGAUCAGGCACGUGGAAAAGGUGUUCUCAUGGAAGAAGAUAAACCUGAAGAUGAGAGACGAGCAUUUGCCAUUGUGUUGCUUUUAAGUCUCUUGAGUCAGCCAUUGUACAUGAGAAGUGUUGCACAUCUCGAACAGUUGCUAAACCUUGUUGAAGUCAUUAUUGUAAAUGGUGAAAAUGACACUGAUCUAUCCAUCAAACCUGGAGCUUCUCUUGAGCAAUCAUCUGGUCCUGAAAACACCAUGCAAGACACACAUGUUACUGCUGAUGCUGUCCGGUCUUCUGCUGAAGAGGAUGUCAAAUCUACUACAGACAAGGAUUCCAAAAGGCCUUCUACAUCAGGUGCAAACAUCAUGAACAAUAUAAGUGACAUUUUAUUGAGCAUCCCAGAAGGAGAACUGCAACUUCUAUGCUCAUUGCUUGCACGUGAAGGAUUGUCAGAUAAUGCAUACAUGCUUGUGGCUGAGGUAUUAAAAAAGAUGGUAGCUAGUGCUCCAACAUAUUGCCGUUUGUUUACUACAGAGCUUGUCAGUUCAGUGCGAAGCUUGAGUGUCUGUGCAAUGAAUGAACUGAACUCAUAUGAGGAUGCUGAAAAAGCUCUUCUCAGCUCAUCUUCUACAAAUGGGACUGCGAUCUUGCGAGUUUUGCAGGCCUUGAGCUCCCUUGUUGCUGCAUUACAUGAAAAGGACCCUGAGAAAGACCAUACUGAUGCUCUUUCUCACGUGUGGGAUAUAAAUGCUGCACUGGAACCAUUGUGGCUAGAGCUGAGCAACUGUAUAAGCAAAAUUGAGAUUUCUUCAGAAACCCCAUCAGAUUUGACUUCUCCUGGAAAUCUUGCAUCCACAAGUACAGGUGUAGUGCCACCACUACCUGCUGGCGCCCAGAACAUCUUGCCAUACAUAGAAUCAUUCUUUGUAACAUGUGAGAAACUUCGUCCUGGUCAAUAUGAAGCAGUUCAAGAUUUUGCUACCACAACAACUGACAUUGAAGAAACUACAACACCAACUGGUGGGCAGAAGUCAUCUGGGGCAUCUUCAAGCACUGAUGAAAAGCAUGUUGUUUCUGUUAGGUUUUUAGAGAAACACAGGAAGUUGUUAAAUUCAUUUAUUCGGCAGAAUCCUGGUUUGCUUGAGAAGUCAUUUUCUCUCAUGCUCAAAGUUCCCCGCUUCAUUGAUUUUGACAACAAACGUGCUCAUUUUCGUUCAAAAAUAAAACAUCAACAUGAUCAUCAUCACAGUCCAGUUAGAAUUUCGGUGAGAAGAGCCUACAUACUGGAGGACUCAUAUAAUCAAUUGCGAAUGCGGUCACCACACGAUUUGAAGGGAAAACUGACUGUGCAUUUUCAAGGAGAAGAAGGCAUUGAUGCUGGUGGGCUCACUCGGGAAUGGUAUCAGUUGCUUUCCCGUGUAAUCUUCGAUAAGGGUGCUCUGCUUUUCACAACGGUCGGCAAUGAAUCGACAUUCCAGCCAAAUCCCAAUUCUGUGUACCAGACAGAACAUCUUUCGUAUUUCAAGUUUGUUGGACGAGUGGUUGGUAAAGCACUCUUUGAUAGUCAGCUCCUGGAUGUCCAUUUCACCCGAUCGUUCUACAAACACAUCCUUGGUGUAAAGGUUACUUAUCAUGACAUUGAGGCUGUUGAUCCUGAUUACUAUAAGAACCUGAAGUGGAUGCUUGAGAAUGAUAUAAGUGAUGUUUUAGACGUUACUUUCAGCAUGGAUGCUGAUGAAGAAAAGCUGAUAUUGUAUGAAAGGGCAGAGGUGACUGAUUGUGAGUUGAUUCCUGGUGGGCGAAAUAUCAGGGUCACUGAAGAAAACAAACAUGAAUAUGUUGAUCGUGUAGCAGAACAUUUGCUAACAACUGCGAUUAGGCCUCAAAUCAAUGCAUUUAUGGAAGGUUUUACUGAAUUGAUACCUAGGGAUUUAAUAUCUAUCUUCAAUGAUAAAGAGCUGGAAUUAUUAAUCAGUGGACUUCCAGAUAUUGAUUUGGAUGACUUGAGGGCAAAUACUGAGUACUCUGGAUACAGUAAUGCGUCCCCUGUAAUUCAAUGGUUCUGGGAAGUCGUUCAGGGCUUCAGCAAGGAGGAUAAAGCUCGAUUCUUGCAAUUUGUCACAGGCACCUCCAAGGUCCCAUUGGAAGGUUUUAGUGCUCUUCAAGGAAUCUCAGGCUCACAGAGGUUUCAGAUUCACAAGGCAUACGGCACCCCCCACCAUCUGCCUUCAGCUCAUACUUGCUUUAACCAAUUAGACCUGCCUGAGUAUACCUCCAAAGAACAGCUGGAGGAGAGGCUACUUCUAGCUAUCCAUGAAGCUAAUGAAGGGUUCGGCUUUGGUUGAUCGUGAUGGAACCUAUUCCCCAUGAUGUACAGAUUCUGUAUCGAACAUGAUUUUCGAAGCCAGCUCACCCGAUCCGAAAUGUGGUUUCUUAAACAUUCUCCACCGUGCGUAGAAGCUAAGGGUUUUAAUCAGAGGUCAACCGUGAUGAUGAUGAGUUAGGAGGAGAGAAGGCCCUGUUAUUCUCAAUCUCCAAGUUUUAGUUUGCAGGUUGGGGAUGAGGUAUACUUUCAGAGCAGAGUGUUGGCGAGCGAAAGUUGUGGGUGUCAUAUAUGCGAGGCCAAUUUCUUUUUCUUUCUCCCCAAUUGUUUUAGCACACAGCUUUGUACUUGAAAUUAUCCCAACUUCUUCACUCGAAUACUUUUGGGCAGGUGUUGUAUGGCAACGUUGCUAAGGUGUUUACCAGUACAAGGUUUACAUGACAAUCUCAUUCGUUCCCUUUUUAUUUA